UUGAUCACAGUCUCGCGAUGUUUGAUACAAUGUUUUAAAAUGGCUACAUUGUAGCUGGGUUAAUGUUGCGAACGUCAUCUUGUGACAAUAUCGAACAUUCCUCUGGAGCUGGCGAGUAUAUGGCAGGCUGCUGCUCGAAUUGAAUUGCUGACAGAACCUUCAGAUAAAGUUGUUUUCUCUGGAGUCUGGUGUUGCAUCUUCCCCAUGUGAGGCCUCGUCUUACUAUGAGCCCCCGCCCAGUCCUGGCACAAACAUGUUUCUCAGAACGGAGCCAGAAAAGGGUGUGGUAGCCACCACCCAAUCACUGGAGGGGAAAGUGUAUAAAUGUUGUACAAAUGACUGCAAACAGUCUUUCUCCAGCAUGCAUCAUCUAAUGAAUCAUAUGAAAGUACAUCACAAACCUAAUCGAUACUUCAAAUGUGAAGCAUGCAAACUACGUUUUCGAACACAUCGAUCUCUAUUCAAACAUAUGCAUAUAUGUUUUAACACUGCAACAAAUGCUCUUCCUCAAAAAGUAGAGAAACAGUCUCCCAGCCCUUUGCCUGCCAAUGAAUCAGACACUCUGGUUAAACAGCCAGUCCCUGUGGAGCCAAUGAAAUUUCAAAGUGUUAUCAAGCAGCUUGAAAAGGAUAGCAAUGUCGCAAACAUGGACACCAUCAGCAAGGCAUCAAAUUCAAGGUCACUCAUGCCACUCCCAAGUACCCUACCAACUCUUCACUCAUCACUAAGUUCAAUGCCAUUGGUCUCUGCAACCCCACAUUCAUUUCCACUGUUGGAACCAUCCCUGUUCGCCACACCCAGCCUGAGUAGGUUUCCUAGCCAAGCGCACACUCCAGUACCUGGGCCCUUCAUUCCAUAUGUGCACCCUGCACCUUACAGCCUCUCCCAAGGUCCCACACCAACCCGUCUUCGGUCUUACAUUCCCUCUGAAAGUCUACCAUUCUCCAAUGCGGUCUGGAGAAAGAGUGCAGCUCAAUCUGCAAACAGCCGAAUUGUGUGGGAACAUACCAGGGGUCAAUAUAAUUGCAUGCAGUGUCCAUUCUCGAGUCUGUCACGGGAGGAAAUGACCUUGCACUUGCAAGAGCACAACAAAACUCUCAGCAGCAGGUUACCGAAUGAGAUGGGCGUGUUCGUGAAUGCUGGUGACAACUAUGGCGCUCUGCCAAUGCAAUUCAGCGAAUCUCUGUUUACCUAAAUUUACAGGGACUGAGGCCUGUGUUCAGAAAGGCAGUCACCAGGAUUAUAUGCUUUACACCGAUGAAAAUUCAGCAAUAUAUAUUCUGAUUGGUGAAUUUGGGUCCGGUGAAUUUUGUUCUGUAGGGAGUUGACACAAAGUUAUAAAGACCAGCUUGCACCAAAAGAAGCAGCCAUCUGUAUGUGCCAUCAAGAUGCAGUGUGAAGUGGCACUCUGUGUUUCUGGAGGCGAUAGUGCAUUUCAUUUUUGUUUCAUAUGAUUUUUCUUCCCCUCUCGAGUCAUUGACACCUUAUCGACCUACAAUUCCAUGGGUUUCAAAUGCCCUUUGCAACAUCUUUCCUCAAGCCUGCUGUGCAUGGUAAAAUAAGGACCCCUAUUUGAUCACCAAGGCUCAGUCAUUGUCACUUAACUUCCAUGCAGCUAUAUACCAACUGAGGUGACUGGAUAGUCUUCAACUUUCCUCUUUAAUCCCCAAUCUCUUAAGGACAAUUGCAGCACAUCUACCUUGGCAAAGUCUAAGGAUCAGACGUGGGAUUUUCCUUGUUUGGAUUGUUCAAUUGUCCUGGCUUAACUAGUUAAGCCACGAAAGAAACCCUGAGACAGGAUUUUACACACUAACAUUUGUGGCUGCUCUUGUAGUAUGAAGAGUCCCAGCAGAUUUGACCUGGUAGUUAUUUUUAUUGAUGAGUUUAUUCAUUUUUAGGUUAAGGACACAAGGGUUUAAAGGAUAUCCAGGUUGAUACUGCAUUUUUUUUCAUUUAGUUAAUCAAAAGCUUUUUUUUUUCAAUUUGUUUUUGUAGAAAGCAAUAUAUCUUUAGCCUUUUUUGGCAACCUUUAGCUUUCUAUACAAAUGUAAUUGAGGCACAAUUUGUUUGCUCUUGACCUGGCAAUACAAUAUUACAUCAUGUCUAAAAACCCCAUGGGUAUCUCCUAUUUAUCAUAUAUUGGAGCACUGUCAGAUAUACUGUAGCACGCAAGUUUUGACGUUUUGGGAUCUCAUUAAAAUUUUCCAUUUUAGAAAUUGCAUUUUCAAACAGUUGCCUCGCUGUUGUUCCACAUUUCACUCAUACUCCAAGAUACCACCCUUGGAUGACUGUCUCUGUGUGGAGUUUGCACUUUCUCCCCGUAUCUGGGUGGGUUUCCUCCAGGUGCUCUGGUUUCCUCCCACAGCCCAAAGAU